UCGGGGCACUGGGUGGGGAGGUAGGGGUGGAGAGAGAGAGAGGAGAAGGAGAGAAACUUUUCAGCACUGCUUGCAGUGUAGCGACCUAGAUAAGACCCAGGAGGAGCUGCGGGGAGCUCUCAAAGAAGACCAAGCUUACAGCUUGGGGGCGUUACAAAUUGGGGUGGGGCUCGGCUACUUCUUGAGCAAAAUAGAGGCCCUCAAAGAGGAGAGGCAGGGAACGAGGCUAUGAUGUGGCCUAAUUUCUUCCUUCAGGAUGAGGAGCAGCGUAUGGGAAUGCGCACGCGGGCAGGGGGCAAGCGGCGCAAGACUCUGACCGACGAGCAAGAGGGGAAGAUCAAGCUGGCCUUCUUUGUGGCCAUUGUGGGGAUGACCCUGACAGUGCUGGCCGUGGGUACAGAAUUCUGGGUGGAACUGAACACCUUCAAACAGAACCACACAGCCAUCUGCGAGGCGGCCCACUACGGCCUGUGGAAAUUCUGCUACAAAAAACUCUGGAUAGAGGAUGUGGAGGAACAGCGGGCGACGUGUGGACCUGCCGAGCUGCCUGGAGAAGCCAACUGUUCUUAUUUCAAGUUCUUCACCACUGGGGAGAAUGCCCACAUCUUCCAGAGGACAACUAAAAAAGAGCUCAACAUCACGGCCGCCGUUGUGUCCCUUCUCAGCAUCACACUCAUGGCCGUGGGAUCGCUUUGCAUCACUAUGGCUCUGAGCAAAGGGAUCGAAUUCCUCCUGAAACCAGCAUCCAUUUUCUUCAUCAUAUCAGGUAUCAUGGUGCUGGUAUGUCUGGAGAUUUUCCGGCACUCGGUUCGGUGGCUUAUCACCUCUGAUGAGACCGUCCCCCUGGAGUAUGAAUAUUCCUGGUCUGUGGCUUGUGCAGUGGCCGCUGGAUCCAUCCUGAUCUUUGGCGGAGGCUGUUUUAUUCUUCUGUCCAUCCCAAGCUUGCCCAAAAAGCCCUGGGAGUACUGCAUCAAAGGCAGAAGCAGCAGCACCACCACUUCCUAAAACCCAUUUGGGAUGAGAGGGAACACUCCCCCAAGUCUCUUGUUAUCACUGUGCAAAAUACACACAUAUAUAUAUUUGUAUUUCCACCCACCUCUAGCGGAUGGGAAGAAUCGACCUUAACCCCCCCACACACACACACACUGCACAUCUGCCCUGUUUCUCCAUCUGGACUGAAUCCCCCUCCCCAUUUUGUGACUUGUAAAUAGAACCA